GGAGCAGCCAAGACUGGAACCUGUCGGUGCCCAUAUGGGAUGCUGGUGCUUGAAGGUGGAGAAUUCGUCAUGGCAUCAGCCCUAUCCACAGUGGACAUGUAAAACUAGUAUGCUUCCAGCUAGGGUAUGGUUAGGGUAAAGUAGGACCCAUGAAAGAGGUGCUGUGGUCAUGAGUUAUCGGAGGAAGGUUGGGAGCCUUCUCUAGGUUGGCAAGUGUGCACCAUGCUUCCAACUCUGCAGACUGAUGGGGUGCACGGGAAGGCCUGUGCCUGCCAGUGGCCAGCCUUCCACCACACUGUCAACUGGAGGGAGAGAAAAUGGAAGAGUAGAGGGAGAAAGUGGCAGCCAGUUCACUUCCCCAAAAUGGCUGCAGCAGUUAGGGCUGCACCGAGCCAAAGCCAGAAGCCAGGAACUCAAUGUAGGUCUACAGUGGAGACAGAGACCCAGCCGUUUGAACCAUUACCUGCUGUCUUCCAUGUUCUGCGUUGAGCAGAAAGCUGAAAUUGGCAGCCCCACGUAGGAAUCGAAUUCACUUGUACCUGCUAGCAUCUUAACUGAGGUCAUCACUCAGGUCUUUCUGAUCUAAAUCCCAAAAUGAAGAAAAGCAUUUUCUUGGGUUGACUGAAGAACGUUAUUAACAAUAAACAUGGAAAAUGAAUCAGACCAGGAAAGUGUGGAGCAGACCCUCUGUGCCAAGACUACUGAAGAAGAACUGAAUAAGACUUUCAAUCUAGAGGCUUCACUUUCAAAAUUCUCUUACAUUGAUCUGGACAAGGAACUGGAGUUCAAAAAUGAUUUGAUUGAUGACAAGGAGUUCGAUAUUCCUCAAGUUGAUACACCUCCAACUCUGGAAAGCAUACUAAAUGAGACUGAUGAUGAAGAUGAGUCCUUUGUUCUUGAGGAUCCUACAUUGUUAAACAUCGAUGCUAUCGAUUCUCACUCUUAUGAUACUUCAUCUGUGGCAAGCUCUGAUAGCGGUGACAGGACCAACUUAAAAAGGAAGAAAAAAUUACCUGAUUCUUUUUCACUCCAUGGAUCAGUUAUGCGACAUUCCCUUUUGAAGGGAAUUUCUGCCCAGAUAGUGUCUGCAGCUGACAAAGUAGAUGCUGGCUUGCCUACAGCAAUUGCAGUGUCCAGUCUCAUAGCAGUGGGAACAUCUCAUGGACUGGCUUUAGUAUUUGGAAAAGAUCAGAAUCAGGCUUUGCGCCUCUGUCUGGGUAGCACCAGUGUUGGAGGACAGUAUGGAGCCAUCUCUGCCCUCAGUAUCAACAAUGACUGCUCAAGACUUCUCUGUGGCUUUGCUAAAGGGCAGAUCACCAUGUGGGAUUUGGCCAGUGGAAAACUACUAAGAUCAAUAACAGAUGCUCAUCCUCCAGGAACGGCUAUAUUGCAUAUCAAGUUUACAGAUGAUCCAACUCUUGCCAUUUGCAACGACAGUGGAGGCUCUGUUUUUGAACUGACAUUUAAGAGAGUAAUGGGAGUGAGAACAUGUGAAUCUAGGUGUCUCUUUAGUGGUUCCAAGGGUGAAGUUUGCUGUAUUGAGCCUCUGCACUCUAAGCCCGAAUUGAAGGAUCAUCCCAUCACCCAGUUUUCAUUGUUGGCCAUGGCAUCCUUAACAAAAAUACUGGUCAUUGGAUUGAAACCAUCCUUGAAAGUGUGGAUGACCUUUCCCUAUGGACGGAUGGAUCCCUCCAGUGUCCCACUGCUGGCCUGGCACUUUGUGGCUGUGCAAAAUUGUGUGAAUCCCAUGCUUGCCUUCUGCAGAGGAGAUGUUGUUCAUUUUCUGUUGGUUAAAAGAGAUGAGUCUGGAGCAAUACAUGUUACCAAGCAAAAGCAUCUUCACCUGUACUAUGACCUCAUCAACUUCACUUGGAUAAACUCACGAACGAUAGUGCUGUUAGACAGUGUGGAGAAGUUGCAUGUGAUUGAUAGACAGACGCAAGAGGAACUGGAAACAGUAGAGAUCUCAGAAGUUCAGCUGGUCUAUAAUAGCAGCCAUUUCAAAUCAUUGGCCACAGGAGGAAAUGUUAGCCAGGCCCUGGCCUUGGUUGGAGAGAAGGCUUGCUAUCAAUCCAUCAGUAGCCACGGUGGUCAGAUCUUUUAUCUGGGAACAAAAUCUGUUUACGUGAUGAUGCUGAGAAGCUGGAGAGAGAGAGUGGAUCAUCUUCUGAAACAGGAUUGUCUCACAGAGGCCUUGGCUCUUGCAUGGUCUUUCCAUGAGGGGAAAGCAAAAGCAGUAGUAGGAUUAUCGGGAGAUGCCAGCAAGCGAAAGGCUGUUGUGGCAGAUCGGAUGGUGGAAAUCCUGUUCCAUUAUGCAGAUCGAGCGCUGAAGAAGUGCCCAGACCAGGGGAAAAUCCAAGUGAUGGAACAGCAUUUUCAGGAUAUGGUACCUGUCAUUGUUGAUUACUGUCUUCUGCUGCAACGAAAGGACCUUUUAUUUAGCCAGAUGUAUGACAAGUUAAGUGAGAAUUCAGUGGCCAAAGGAGUGUUUUUGGAGUGCCUUGAGCCAUAUAUUUUAAGUGAUAAAUUGGUGGGCAUCACACCCCAGGUCAUGAAAGACUUGCUUGUUCAUUUCCAAGAUAAGAAGUUAAUGGAAAAUGUGGAAGCCCUCAUUGUACAUAUGGAUAUCACCAGCCUAGAUAUUCAGCAGGUGGUUCUCAUGUGUUGGGAAAAUCGUCUGUAUGAUGCUAUGAUCUAUGUCUACAACAGAGGCAUGAAUGAGUUUAUUAGUCCAAUGGAGAAACUUUUCAAAGUCAUUGCUCCUCCUUUGAAUGCAGGAAAGACACUAACAGAUGAGCAAGUUGUUAUGGGCAACAAGCUUCUCGUAUAUAUUAGUUGUUGUCUGGCAGGUCGUGCCUAUCCAUUGGGUGACAUCCCUGAAGAUCUUGUUCCCUUGGUGAAAAACCAGGUGUUUGAAUUUCUAAUUCGCCUGCACUCUGCAGAAGCUUCCCCUGAGGAAGAAAUCUAUCCCUAUGUCCGAACUCUGCUACAUUUUGACACAAGAGAAUUUCUUAAUGUAUUGGCAUUGACUUUUGAAGAUUUUAAAAAUGACAAGCAAGCUGUGGAAUAUCAACAACGAAUUGUGGAUAUUUUGUUGAAAGUUAUGGUAGAAAAUUCUGAUUUUACUCCAUCUCAAGUAGGAUGUCUCUUUACAUUUCUCGCGCGUCAACUUGCAAAGCCUGACAACACCUUGUUUGUAAACAGAACACUUUUUGAUCAGGUCCUUGAAUUCCUCUGUAGUCCUGAUGAUGACUCUCGACACUCUGAAAGACAGCAGGUCCUUUUGGAAUUGCUGCAGGCUGGGGGCAUAGUUCAAUUUGAAGAGAGUCGCCUCAUCCGCAUGGCAGAAAAAGCUGAGUUCUACCAAAUUUGUGAAUUUAUGUAUGAACGCGAACAUCAGUAUGACAAAAUUAUUGACUGCUACUUACAUGACCCACUGAGAGAGGAGGAAGUCUUUAAUUACAUCCACAAUAUCUUAUCCAUUCCUGGACACAGUGCAGAGGAGAAGCAGUCUGUGUGGCAGAAAGCAAUGGAUCACAUUGAGGAACUUGUGUCCCUGAAGCCCUGUAAAGCUGCAGAGCUGGUUGCUACCCACUUUUUUGGACAGAUUGAAACAGUCAUUAAAACAAUUCAGAACCAGGUGUUGCUUUUCAAAUUUUUGAGAAGUCUUCUUGACCCAAGGGAAGGUAUUCAUGUAGAUCGAGAAUUGCUGCAAAUAUCUCCCAGUAUUACAGAGCAGUUCAUCGAGCUGUUGUGUCAGUUCAGCCCAGACCAGGUUAUAGAGACCCUGCAAGUCCUUGAGUGCUACCGCCUAGAGGAAACUAUUCAGAUUACUCAGAAGUAUCAGCUUCAUGAGGUCACUGCAUAUCUUUUGGAAAAGAAAGGAGAUAUUCAUGGUGCCUUUUUAAUAAUGCUAGAGAGACUACAAAACAAACUUCAAGAGAUAACUCAUCAAGGUGAAAAUACCAAAGAAAAGACCUCCUUGAAGGGUGUGGAAGGUACCAUGAUGGAGACCAUUGCUCUUUGCCAGAGAAAUUCACAUAAUUUGAACCAGCAGCAGCGAGAGGCACUGUGGUUUCCGUUGUUGGAGGCAAUGAUGGCCCCUCAGAAGCUGACCAGUCCCACCGCCCCUCCUCUGCAUGCCGAAGCUCUGAAAUCCUUGACCAUGCAAGUCCUAAACAGUAUGGCAGCUUUUAUUGCCCUUCCAUCAAUCCUGCAAAGAAUCUUACAGGAUCCAGUUUAUGGAAAAGGAAAACUUGGAGAAAUCCAGGGACUUAUUCUGGGAAUGUUAGAUACCUUUAACUACGAGCAGACUCUGCUGGAAACAACAACUAGCCUCUUAAAUCAAGAUCUCCAUUGGUCACUGUGUAACCUGAGAGCUUCAGUCACCAGAGGACUGAAUCCCAAACAGGACUACUGCUCUAUAUGCUUGCAGCAGUACAAGAGACGCCACGAGGUGGCUGAUGAAAUUAUUGUCUUUAGCUGUGGCCAUUUGUAUCACUCAUUCUGUCUACAAAGCAAAGAAUGCACCAUAGAAAUUGAAGGCCAAACAAGGUGGACAUGUUACAAAUGCAGCUCAAGUAACAAAGUAGGAAAACUAAGUGAAAAUUCAUCUGAAACGAAAAAGGGAAGAACAGCCACAUCACAGGUAAAAAUGUCUCCAUCAUAUCACCCACCCAGAGGGGAUCCUGCCGCUAAGAAGGCAACCUCGGAGCCCGUCCUGGACCCACAGCAGUUCCAAACGUUCGAUCAGCUGUGCCGGCUCUACCGAGGGAGUUCCAGGCUGGCCCUCCUCACAGAGCUCACCCAGAACCGUGGCAGCGAGAGCUACAGGCUCGUCAGUGGCUCCCAGGGCGGCUCUGCCUUCAGCAGCAUCUUCCAGAACGAGAACUUCCAGCUGCAGCUCGCGCCCCCACCGGUGACUGAGGACUGAUGUGCUCUGGGGGUACCUGUCCCUCCCCCUUCACUGACCUGGCAAGCAGAGACACAUCCCACACUCUGUCCACACCUUAUAGGGAUUGUGCUUUAUCCCUGGGGACCAUUUCCUGUAUCCUCAAAGGUGGAGCCUACAGAGGUGGCCAUGCCAGAGCCUGUCGCACUGCAUCUCAGCCAGUCACAGAGUCAUUGGGAUGCUGGGGUAGCCAGGCCCAGUGUGAUGGCUGGGAGGGUUCGGGGGUGUCCCCCUCUUGAUGUGUGUUAUGUCAGUGCCCAUCCACAUAGAGGAUUGGCCCAUCGUGCCAAUAAACCCCCUGUGUUAAAGCCCAAUGCCUGCCCAGCUCAUGGUCUGUCCAGCCAGGGGGCUAGCUACAGCACCUUGGCCAGAGUUCCCUUCAUAGCUCAGAGCUAGGCACCCUGACUCUACUCAGAAGGGCACCUCUACCAUGCACUACCCCAGUUCCCCUGUGGUGGGGCAGGACCUCCAGGGAGAGGAGCGCUGGGACUUUGUGUAUCAUUGAUCCCAGGAUCACAGGCAAUCACCACACCCAGCAUUGGGGGUGGGUCCCGCCUCCCCACCCUGAUGCUGCACUGGGGAACCAUCAGCCCCUAAAUGCCACACAGAUACAGUGGCUGCCCAUGUAGGAAAUCCCACCACUCCUGUGGGCACUAGCCAUGAGCCCAGGUGAGCCACUUAACCCCUCAAAACCACUUACCAUGGAGCUGCCCUGUUGGUGAUUGAGAUGAUACAGGGAAGUGCCCAGCGCUGGGCAGGUAUAGGUAGCUGUCCCAGGAAUGCUGGUGUAGCUCGUGCCAGCCCUACCCCGAGGCUGGGGCUACACAGGGGCUGCCUCUGGGCAACAGAGGGAGAGGGCAAAAUUGCGGGAAGUGGCUGGACUCCGAACAGUGACCAGUGGAAUGCCCACUGUGCAUGCAGCUACACUGAGGCCUGGCGGCAGUGAGUGACUCACCAGGACAACUGCUAAGCAAGUAACAGUGUGGCUUCUCAGUGAGCCCAGAGUUAAAGCCAGAGGAGGACCCUGUAUUCAAGGCAUAGCAGGAUCACCCUUCUACCUCUAGUCUGGGGGACCAAGGAGGGGAUACUGGUACAGUACACAACAGUAUAAACUGUGAUGUCAGGACUGUGAGGAGGGGUGGGAGCUCAGGGACCAGUCCAAGCAGAGUUGCUUUGUGCCGUCGCAGUAAAGCUGCCCUCUUAGGAUAGCCUCACGGGACCCACAGAGCAGGACACAGAAUUAAAAGGCAAGGAGUGAGAGCGCCCCUCUGCAGAAGACGGCUCCACAGACAUCGCUGCAUGAGCAUUGUUCUAACACUCCAGAAAAGGAGCCAACCACAGAAAAUGUGGUUUCCACACACUGG